UUCAACUGUUCCCGAGUGGUUCGGCCUCCGCACCUCCGCAUCCACCUCUCUCUCGCCAGACAGGGGCAGCGACGACGACGAGGAGCGGCGCUUUUGGCGGUGUCCAGGUGACGGCCCUACCGCCGUCUUCCUGCUCCGAGCGUGACUUCACAUCCCCUGCCGAGGUCACGACCAGCCUCCGGGCGGCGCAAGACCAGGCGUGGGUGCGCCGCCGCCGGAUCUGACCUCGCUAGGGCAGGGAAGGCAUUCCAAGGUACAAGGUUCGCUCGCUGGUGGAGGUACGCCGGGUCGCCGUGGCCGUGAGCGCGUCCUCACGGGUCUGGCGCGGCGGGUGGCGGAGGGCGUUCGGGGAGCGGACCGCAGAUGAGCUCACGGCGGCCUCCUUGCCGUCUUUUGCUGUGAUUAGGUUAUUCCGGGGAGUUAGAUUUCACUGCUGAUUUUUUGUAACAAAAGAGCUCUUUCACGAGCUAGCGUUUCAGAAGGAUGCUUCAAGCUUCCCAUCAGUCCCCAGUAAUGAUGAGCGGCGCCUCGUUUGUUGUCUCGCGGGGUGUCUGUCGCCGCCGCCUAAGUCAUUCCCAUGAAAUGGAGGUGCAGCCAGAAGCCGUCAGGGACUGGUCCGAGCUGCCUCUUGAUGUGCUUGCUUCGGUCUUUGCCAAACUCGGCGCAGUUGAUAUUCUCAUGGGUGCAGGCCUAGUGUGCCACUCAUGGCUCGAGGCGGCAAAAGUACCUAGUUUAUGGCGAUAUGUCGACAUGGAGCACCAUGAUGUCCUGCGAGGGAAGAAGAAAAAGAGCCGCGAUGUCUUGUGUGCAAUGGCAAAAGCCGCCGUGGACCGCUCCAAUGGGGAGCUCGAGGUGUUUGCAGGGAGCGAGUUUGUUACUGAUCAGCUUCUCAAGUAUAUUGCAGAAAGAUCGCCGUCUCUUAAGAGCCUCAGCCUUGACUAUUGCAAUGUCACCAACGAAGCAUUCACUGAGCUGAUAAUCAAGCUUCCUCUGCUCGAAGAACUUCUUAUUUCCCUAUGUCCAUUUGUUGAUGGUGACGCAUAUGAGGUCACCAGCAGAGCAUGUGCGCAGCUGAAGCGUCUCAUGUUGCGGCAAGGGCCGUAUGGGGGUAUAAGAGAUGGGGCACUUGGAAUUGAGAUGAUGCACGAGCUGCGAUACCUUACUCUCGUCAAUAGUGAUAUCAUGACAGAGGAGCUGGUUGCCAUCAUCGAUGGCUGCCCUCACAUGGAGCGCCUCUGCGUGCGCAACUGUAGCAACAUCGUUGUGGAUGGAACCCUGCGAGCGAAGUGUUCAAGGAUCAAGACGCUGAUUCUACCCCCUUUGCAGCAUAUGCAAAACGUGCGCUCCCGUUACAUUUUUCACCCUGAUGAUAGCGUUUUCACUGACAAGUUUGACGAUUGGAGAUCUUCCUAAAUGUGAUGAUUUGUCUCCAGCGGCUAUCAAUCUAUCUAUAUAUUGGUCUAGCAUGGCUACUUUUGUCAUUUGGGAUAUGGCAUGAAGGGUUCAAGUGGCUAUUCACAUUGGUAAUCUGUGAUAUUUAUACUGCAGACCAAAUGCGGAGGUAAACUCUGGUUUGUGGUGUUCUAAGAAGUUCCCAAGCUCGUGCAUACAGUGUUGACCCCUUAGUCACCUGCUACGUCUGCAUCCAGCACAGCACACACAUCACCAUCACCAUCACCAAUGCCAUGGCGCGCCCCUCUUGCUGCAUGCGGUUGCCACAUAUCAUUUCUUCUGAGCCUUCCUGGUUCCUGUUCGAUUGGUGGAGCAUUUUGGACUAGAAGCGGUUCUUUGUAAAUUUAUUGUACCGCUUUAAGAUUAGUAGGGGCAUGGUUCUUCUUGAUGUGUAAGCUAUAAUUGUUUGUGAUCAUUUGGAGAUGUGAUUGUAUGUUGGUAAAAACUAACAGGUUGGAUAUUGAAGAGCAGGGGAGGAGAUUGUA